AUGACCGUUGAGUUGCACAUCCCCGCUAAAACGCUUGCCAUCGCAAGGAGACGUGAACCCUUCGAAUACCUCUCUGCUAUUACGGGCAUUAUAAUCAAGCAACCCAUGAGCGCUGUAUCAUGUCUAGAGAGUGCCAACUUGCAUAUUCGAGCUGAUAAGCAGAAUCAGUUGCGUUUGCGGGCUGAGAUGACAGAACAAGACAAGGAAACUAUUCGCGCUGCAGGCCGCGAUGAAGACGCACUUCCCUCUCGUAUUCUCAAAGAGAAGAUGCGAAGAGAAUGCAUUUAUGUUGAUUUGCUGUAA